AUUUCUAUCAUUUCUAUCAUUUCUAUCAUCUCUACCAGACUCGCAUUUCAUUCUUAUCUGUAUCUUCUCUAGACAUCCUGUAUAUAUUCCAUCUCAAGCCAACAUGCACAAACUCUCCACCACAGUCUAUCUAGACGACCCCGACAAUGACACUCCCAAGACGCAGACCAUCGUGCUCGGUCUCUGGAUGAACGCCCCCCCACGGGCAUCCAGCAAAUACCUCCAAGAAUACCGUCGUCUGGCUCCCGCUGCACGGAUCAUCGUUAUCCUCAGCUCGACAUCCGACUUUGUUCUCCCUCCGAGUCAGAAGAAACAGCAGAUCCGGCUCUCCUCGGCCGUGGAGACUCUGCUUGCCUCAGAGACCCCCGUGCACAUCCAUCUGUUCUCCAACGGCGGGGUGUUCUCUGUCACCAGUCUGCUGGCUGCGUAUCGGCAGGCAGCAGGGCAUGCACUGGACGUCUCGUCGAUUAUUAUUGACAGCGCGCCAGGAACUGCCGAUUUCGCUGGCGGAUUCCGUGCUUUCUCCUACGCGCUGCCCAAGAUGUGGCUCCUGCAGGCUCUCGGCAAGAUCGUCAUCGGAGCGGUACUGGGAUUUCUCAUGUGCUUGAAGUUGGUGGGCCUGUCAGACGCCGUGACAACGGGGAGAAUGGCACUCAAUGAUAAAGACUUGGUGGCAGGGAAGGCGAAACGGUGCUAUAUCUACUCGGAGGCUGAUCAGCUGGUGAACUGGAAGGAUGUCGAAGACCACGCACGCGAGGCGGAGAGACACUGGGAGGUGAAGAGAGAGAAGUUUAGCGACUCGCAGCAUGUUUCUCAUAUGCGGGUUGAUCCAGAGAGGUACUCAGAGAUCAUCAAGGGUUAUCUAGUAAGUAAAUGAUAAUAAAAAGCUAGAAUUCAUUGGAAUAUAAGGAAUUCAAGACCAAAUAUCAUGCUUUCAACCAAAGCCUCUACUGUGCCAGCUGUGAGUAACUGCGACAUUACAUUUUGCUACUUGCAUACUACUAAUAUCGCAUUCACCAAGCCUUUGCUGAAAGUCACCCUCAAGCCUCAGUCUUAGCUUUUCCAGGAAUGAUGAAUGUUUUACUGACUAUUAGUAAUUUUCUUACUCCAUA